GUUCUUCUUUAUUAAGACGUGUAGACAUUCUCGGAUUUGCGCGUGCUGAAGCGCUGACGCGCACGCGCGCUCCCGUCUGCUCGUUUCCCCCCUCCCUCCAGGGGAGCGCCUUGAAGAGCUCUGACUUCAUGGAUUGGGAGAAAUGAGCCAAGAGAGCUGGGACUAAAAAGCUAGUCAGACUCCUGGCGAAGCAGAACACCAGUUUUCUACGUCGACUCACGUACCGGCAACACGACAACCCACUAAGGCGACAUGGAUUGAUAUUACGUAUGUCUAGUAUUUUUCUUUGGGCACUUUAGGCAUCGGAUUACGGAUUACAGACAGAAGCAGUAAUGAGCAGCGGGUAGUGAUCGGAUCGGCGUGGAGCGGAAGAUGCUGUCGGCUGCCUGACACCUGGUUUCCUCGGGAUCAUACGGGAUCUGACCACCACUGGUUGGCGUUAACACAGUAAAGACGCAACCCAGAGAGUCGAUCGGCACUCACUUCACCGCCCAGCCUCUCUCCGCGGCUGCGCCUGCUUAAAGCUCGCGGCGCUGCACAGGCACCUUCCGGGGGGUUCGGGCGCACUCUUGACGGCCAGCAUGUUGCUCCAAAGCGUCUAAAAAUGGACGAGUCGUCCCUGCUGGACCUACUGGAGUGCUCGGUGUGCCUGGAGAGAUUGGACACCAGUGCUAAGGUGCUUCCGUGCCAGCACACCUUCUGCCGUCGCUGCCUGCAGAGCAUCGUUAGCUCCCGCAGCGAGCUGCGUUGCCCCGAAUGCCGCAUCCUGGUGGACUGCAGCGUUGAUGAGCUGCCUGCCAACAUCCUGCUGGUCAGGCUGCUGGAUGGGAUCAAGCAGCGACCCCACAACUCAUCCGCGUCUCCACCAGGGACAGUCAUCCGUGAUGCUCCCGCCGCAAACAGAAGCUCUCCGGUCAAGGGUACUCACAGAAUUAUGUGUGUGGAACAUCAUAUCACGAAUAUUCCCCAGCUGCCUUGUGGCAAAGCUCUUUACAACUAUGAGGGGAAAGAGCCUGGCGACCUGCGCUUCAACAAGGGCGACAUCAUCAUCCUGCGGCGAAAGGUGGAUGAGAACUGGUACCAUGGAGAGCUCAACGGGAGUCACGGCUUCCUGCCAGCAAGCUACAUCCAGUGCAUCAAGCCCCUCGCCCAGCCGCCACCCCAGGGAAAAGCGCUUUACGACUUCGAAGUAAAGGAUAAAGACCAAGAUAAGGACUGCUUGACGUUCACAAAGGAUGAAAUUCUCACUGUGAUAAGAAGAGUGGAUGACAAUUGGGCAGAAGGAAUGUUGGGAGAUAAAAUUGGGAUCUUCCCCCUUUUGUAUGUUGAGCUCAAUGAGACAGCAAAACAGCUGAUGGAGCUCGAUAAACCUUGUCCCCCAUGUGGCCCAGAUUCUUCAGCCCCCGCUGGCUCCUCCUCCACCUCAAGUGCCACCUUGAAUGGGACUGGUGUCGUGAGUGCCAUCCACCGUCACAUUGACUGCAAGAAGAACACCAAGAAGCGCCAUUCGUUCACAGCACUCAGCAUGACUCACAGGACGGCUCAGGCCAUGAACAACCGGCACUCCAUGGAGAUUAGUGCCCCGGUCCUCAUCAGCUCCAGCGACCCCCGGGCAGCAGCCAGAAUUGGGGACACUCCUCAUCUUUCUUCUAGCGCACCUUCCCAGCCCCUGAACCCUCAGCAGAUGACCAAUCAGAGGCACUGGAGGGACUGCUGGGAGUUGAAGUUUCAAGCAUCGCUACAGGAGGGAUAG